AUGCGUUGGCACUGGAUUUUUUCACUGUUUUUGAUAAUUAGUGUCUCCGCCUUCUACACUCCCAGCGAUGGAAUCGUCGAGCUAACAGAUGCGAAUUUCGACUCGAAAGUGAUGAAGAGUGAUGGGAUCUGGGUGGUGGAGUUCUAUGCGCCAUACUGCGGACACUGUAAAUCUCUCGUUCCGGAAUACAAAAAAGCGGCGAAACUUCUCAAAGGGAUCGCUUCUGUCGGAUCGAUCGAUGGGACGACUCAGCAGACAAUUUCAUCGAAAUACGCCAUUAAAGGGUAUCCAACCAUCAAAAUCUUCGGCGCCACUGACAAAAAUAAGGCUAUUGACUAUAAUGGUCCACGUACUGCCAAAGGAAUCGCCGAUGCCGUUCAGAAAUCUAUUAAGGAGACGUUGGACGCAAGAUUGAGUGGAAAAUCUGAAAAAUCUGAAAAAUCUUCGAAAAAAUCGAAAAAAUCCGGUGAAAACAAGGGAAAACAGGGCGGAGUCGUGGUGUUGACCGAUUCAAACUUUGAGAAAUUGGUAUUGAAUAGUAAGGAUGCGUGGAUGGUCGAAUUCUAUGCACCGUGGUGUGGACACUGUCAGAAGUUGGAGCCAGAGUGGAAGAAGGCGGCGAAAGAGAUGGCGGGCAGGGUUAAGUUCGGCGCUCUCGACGCGACAGCUCACGAGACGAUCGCCCGUAAAUUCCAAAUCCAAGGCUUCCCAACUAUCAAAUUCUUCCCUCCCGGCUCAACGUCUUCAGAUUUCGAAGAUUAUCAAGGAGGACGAACGUCAUCUGAUCUCAUCAGAUAUUCAGAAUCCAAGUAUGAAGACGUCGCGUCUCCACCAGAAGUCGUCGAAGGUGUCUCGAAAAAAUCGAUCGAUGAGACGUGUCGGAAUCGUCAAUUGUGCAUUUUCACAUUUCUUCCGUCGAUUUUCGAUUGUCAAUCCGAGUGUCGACGUGCGAAAAUUCAGAUUCUGAAUGAUCUGGCUGCAGUUUUCAAGAAAAGAGCAUUCGGAUGGGUUUGGAUUGAAGCGGGCGCUCAAAUGGAGCUCGAGAAGGCCUUCGAAAUCGGUGACUCCGGCUACCCGGUGCUCGUCGCAAUGAGCCCGUCGAAGAUGAAAUACGCCACGCAAAUCGGUCAAUUCUCCACCAGUGGAAUCAAGGAAUUCCUGAAUUCUGUGAAUUAUGGAAAAUUGAGAGUUCAGAGUGUUCAGCCUGCCCAUCUCUCCAACAACUCCCUGAAAAUCGUCGACACCGAACCAUGGGAUGGAAAAGACAAGGAAUUGCCGAAAAUGGAGGAAAUCGACCUGUCCGACGUCGAUUUGGACGAAAAAGAUGAACUUUAA